AUGAGCGUUAACAUUAUCGACGUUGGUGUCAGCAGGAUUCUGGGGGCGCGAGAAGACCAAGAAGAUCGGUACAUUACCCUCACACCAGGUUCAAUCAAGUCACGGAAAGAUCUCGCUCUCUUUGCCGUGUACGAUGGCCAUGGCGGUACAGCGACUGUUAACCACGUUGCGGAGCAUCUCCAUACACAUCUCGAACACCAUCUUAGCAACCCCAAGGCAUCAAAUACAGCCGAGUACAAACAUGCCAUUCAGCUGGCCCUCAAAGCCGUAGAUCGCGAACUCGACCGCGACAACCUCGACGGAGGCUCAACCGUCUCUCUUGUUCUCGUCGACACGAAGCAAAACUUGCUCAUACAAGCCAAUCUAGGCGACAGCCAUGUCUUCUUCGCAGAUCACGAACCACAAUCUCCACAAUCCUUAUCGCCGCAAUCCCCCUCACGGGCUGACUCCGGCACAAGUUCUUUGGGGUGGAACGUGGAGGCUCUAAGCGUGGAGCAUGCGCCAGACAGCCCAUUGGAGAAGAGAAGGAUAGAAGACGCAGGUGGCGAGAUCAACUACCGAUCCGGUAUCGCACGCAUCGGCGGCGUGAGCAUGUCGCGCGCUCUGGGAGAUUUGGAUUACAAGAAGCCUCGCGUCAACCGUCUAGCAGGUCACGACCUUUCAGAUCUGGCUGGCGUAGAAACAGGUCUUGCUCCAGGAAGGACUGCAAUACACGAUCUCGUAUCGAACAAAGCGCAUUUCACCGUUCGCACUCUCCAUGGUCAGUCUCUUAUACUGCUCGCUUCAGACGGCGUUGGUUCAGCGAAAGAGGCAGAGGAAUGCACACGGCUAGCAGUCGACGGAUGGCAGUCUGGGAAGGAGGCCAAGCAGAUUGCUGACGAGCUGACUUCAAGGGAGGGCAACAUGAAGGGUGCAGACAACUGUACCGUUCUCGUGGUCGUGCUGGAUACAGAGAGCAAAGGACGCAGGAGUAUAGAUGGCGGAAGGAGGAGCAUGGAUGUCGGCGUGGAGGGCAGCGGAUCAAGAAGAAGGAGACGAUCAACGAAGCCUACCCUUGCAGCUCUCGCCCUCAUACGAGAAAGCGCCUUCACAAAAAACCUUUCUCUUUCACUUUUCCAUAUAAUCCUCUCUCCGUUACUUCCUAAGCCACACACUAUCUGUUUCUACUCUAGGAUGGCAAAGGACCAAGACUAUGAGGCAGCCGUCGAGAAGGGCACUAAGCUGUUGCAAAUGUUGAUUAAGAAGACCAAAAAGUCCACUGAAAGCGCAUUCAAGCACACGAAAGAACUAGCCCAGCAUGGCUAUUACCUGGAGACCAACCAGACUAGCUUCGAAAUCGAAUAUACUGCCAAAGCGCUUCGCGACCUGAACGUCAACCACAAGAUGAUGUACGAUGGAGGAGAGAACGUCAGGACACAUCAUCAAUAUGGAGUUUAUACAGCAGAAACAGAUGGGUACACAGUACCUCAGACAAUACGUGGAUACUUCUCUCAAGUCAGCAACCCGAGCGCUGGCGUUCUCAUUGCGGAUACCAAUCUUUCACCGUCCCAUGCAACAGCUUUCGACGGUGCUGAAGACGAGGAAGAUAUUGAUCUACCGUUACUGCGCCACUCGUCAGACGUAGCUUUCCUGCAAUACCUCUCCUCUUUUCACUCUCCACUUGUCCAGCCCAUCUCGCUUAACUAUAUCUUCCGCAUUCAGAUUCAGAACUCCGGGACGUUGGAGUUUAAAUGGUGCGGUACUAUGCUUUUGUUAUUCUCACUUGACGGCCAAAUUCGCGUGGUUGCCGAUGUUGAUGAAGAGGGACAAAUGAAGGACGCUUUGUUGUUCCGCCUAAUGAACUCUGGCGAGGCUUGCUGGUGGCAGGGGACCGAAGCGAGACGCACCCCGCAAAAUCCCGCCAUGUUUUUGUCUUCUGCGUCCAGCCUCGUUGGCCUCGUGCUUAUUUCUCUUAGUCCAACUGCAACUUGGGCAGACUAUACCUCCGACAGUGAGGUACCAUCAGCGACUAUCGAUACCGGAGUGAUAAUCGGAAAAUCUACCUCACUGCCAUACGCACUUGGGCCAGUGCAUCAAUAUCUUGGUGUCCCAUUUGCAUCACCACCUGAAAGGUUCUCUCCACCACAAGCUGCCGUACCUUUUCAAGAACCGGUCAACGCCACAGAAUUCAAGCCAGCAUGUAUCCAACAGUUUCGAUACCCUUUAUCGAGCUCACAGUUCACACAAGCUGUCUUCAACAACCCACCACCUGAGGAAUCGGAGGAUUGCCUAUACCUCAAUGUCUAUGCCCCAGCGACUCCGCGAGGUGGUACUGGGCGAGCUGUGAUGUUUUGGAUUUAUGGCGGCUCACUCCAAUUUGGUAAUGCUGGUCAAGAUACAUACGAUGGAAGCAGUUUUGCUGCCUAUGAAGAUGUCAUCGUAGUGACAACUAACUACAGAACGAAUGUGUUCGGCUUUCCUGCUUCACCGGAACUGCCAUUAGCGGCACGCAAUCUCGGCUUUCUAGACCAACGUUUUGCUCUCGACUGGGUUCAGCGGAACAUCCACGCUUUCGGUGGCGAUGCUUCCAAAGUGACCAUUUUUGGAGAAAGUGCGGGUGCUUUCUCGAUUGAUGCUUUACUGACCAGCUUUCCGAAGGGUGGUUCGCCGCCGUUCCGGGCUGCCAUUCUCCAGAGUGGGCAAUAUAGCUAUCGCGUGGCUCCUCAAACCUCAAGCAUACCUGCUUGGAAUAAUCUGACAGCGACACUCGGGUGCCCGGGUACAUAUGGAAGCAACUUGACUUGUGUACGGGCCGCGAAUGCAACGACUGUUCGCAACAUCAUCAAUCAGAACUCUCUCGUGUUUAAUCCAGUUGCUGAUAACACCACGUUGGUAUCAAAUCCAGCAGCACGUCGCCUGAGUGGAGAUAUUGCACACAUACCAGUAUUGGGAGGCACGAAUGCACAGGAAGGACGCGUCUUCCAAGUUGGACAAACAAAUCUUACUGCCUACCUCCAGGCGACCUUUGGAAUCCUCGCCCCAGCACUCAUUCCUGAGAUUGAAGCUGCAUACCCAAUUGGAAGUAAUGGCCUUACCAACGACUAUGAUGUGAUCUCACAGAUCUCUACUGAGAUCACAUUCCAGUGUCCACAAGCACUAUGGGCUAACGCGACAGCCUCCGUUGGCAUUCCUGCCUGGCGCUAUUACUAUAACGCUUCUUUUAUCAAUACGCAAGCCUACCCACAGCUCGGCGCAUACCACGCUUCUGAGAUCCCUCUUGUGUUCCGUACGUACGAACGCGCAAAUACAACGACGCAGGAAUACGCUCUCGCACAGUUCAUGCAGAGCACCUGGGCCAGAUUCGCGAAGAACCCGUACGCUGGGCCAGGAUGGAAUGCGAUCGGUACUGGAGCUGAGGGUAGUGUUCUGGUCGGCGCCUAUGAUCUCGUCAUGGGUGGACUAUACCAAGACCAGAAUGCUACUGUGAUAGAAGGGGAUUGGAGUUUGGGUGUCCUUGGCGACGUUGGGAAUGUACGAGGAAGUGGUGUUACUGUGUUGCCACAGUCUGGUCUCGAUUACAGAUGCAGCCUCUUCAGGCCAAUCUUUGAGGCUAUUGUAGGUGCACAAGGCAUACCUAAUCUCUAA